GCGAAAUAACCACUCGUGAACCGCUGGAUCGUGAAGUCAGCUCCGUCUAUGAAUUUGUCGCUGAGGCUCGCGACCAAGGUACACCAUAUCGUAGUUCACGCGUUACUGUCAAAGUCCAUGUAACCGAUGUCAAUGACAAUCAACCGAAAAUUGUCGAUCCGCAAGAGGAUGUGGUCAGCGUACGCGAAGAACAGCCGCCCGGCACUGAGGUGGUGCGCAUACGUGCUGUCGAUCGUGAUAAUGGACAGAAUGCAUCGAUCACUUAUUCGAUAUUAAAAGGUCGUGAUUCGGAUGGCUUUGGUCUGUUUAGCAUAGACGCCAACACGGGUGUGAUUCGCACGUUGGUCGUGUUGGAUCACGAGGAGCGUAGCAUCUAUCGUUUGGCGGUGGCAGCAACCGAUGGCGGUAAUCCGCCAAAACAAUCGAUACGUUUGCUGCGUGUUGAGGUGUUAAAUUUGAAUGACAAUCGGCCAACGUUUACCAGUUCGAGUUUGGUGUUUCGGGUCCCUGAAAAUGCCGCCAUUGGCCAUGUCGUGGGCUAUGUCGAUGGCACAGAUGGUAGUCGGCAAAAUAUGAUUUUCAACGAAGAUAAUCUCUACAUAACCUAUACGGUAACAGCUGUAUCAAAAGAUUUCAUAGAAGGAGCUUUUGAUAUUGAUCGGCAUACAGGAUCACUGGUUGUGGCCCGACAACUUGAUCGUGAGGAACAAUCGGAAUAUCGCCUAGAAGUUCGAGCCCUUGACACAAGUGCUAGCAAUAAUCCCCAUAGCAGUGCCAUUGCAGUAAAAAUUGAAAUAACCGAUGUUAAUGAUAAUGCACCCAUAUGGACAGAGGAUCCGAUAAGGAUACAAGUAAGCGAAUCUGCAGCACAAGGAUCCGUUCUAUACAAUUUCACAGCCACCGAUAUGGAUACGGGUCUAAAUGGACGAUUGCAAUAUAAACUAUUGAAAUAUAGUCCAAGAAAUAUAAAUUUAGGAUCAGAUGUAAAUCCGCUCACACAAAUGGAACAACCUGACCUUUUCUCCGUUGAUAUUCUAACUGGUGGCCUAACAUUAAUGGGGUCUUUGGAUUAUGAAUCAAUUAAGGAGUACAUUUUAAUUGUGCAAGCCUAUGACCUGCCAAUGAAUAAAAGUGAACGUUUGCACAGUACCGUAACAGCUGUGCUGGAAAUUUUGGAUGAAAAUGACAACGAACCCGAAUUUGUAAUACCCCCAGUGCAGAAAGAGAACCGCAAUCGUUAUGGUGUCAUUAGCAAACAAGAAAUACCCUCAGCCGUAAUUACGAUAACAGAUAAUAAACGUAUUGGUGAUCAAUUAUUACAAAUUGUGGCCACCGAUAAAGAUUCCGCCAAUAAUGGUCGCAUAUCCUAUAGCCUGCAGAGUGGCAAUGAAUUGGGUUAUUUUCGUUUGAAUUCGGAAACGGGUUCUUUGGAAUUAAGUAAGACAUUGCCUCCAUUAAGUAAGAGCAGUAAUGUGGACAACCGUUUGCCUGUUACCACCUUGAAUCGUAAUAAAUUUGUGUUGUUGGUGAAAGCUGAGGAUCACGGAGAUUUGGAAAAGAAAAGUUCGAUAAUGAAGCUGGAAAUUUUAAUCCGUGGUACCAAAUCGAAUCCGCCAAGGUUUACCCAGUCUAUGUACUAUGCAAAUAUUUCGGAAAAUUCACCAUCAGGAAGUUUUGUUCUGCAGGUUACGGCGAAGUCAUUGAAUGGUGGGGAAAAUGCAAAUCUCACCUAUGAGAUACCAACAGGUGUCGCCGAUAAUCAUUUUCAUGUUGACACCCAACGUGGCAUUGUCACAACACGCGGCCAAUUUGAUCGUGAAACAAAAGCUUCAUACAUUUUGCCAAUUUAUGUUUACGAUGCCAAGCGUUUAAAUGCCAAUCUAAUGACAGCUGGAGCGGCAGCAGCAGCAGCAUUAACUUCUGGCGUAGCGGCUCGUCGCCAGCAACGAUCAUCGGUGAAUGAGGCGGCAACGGCACAAAAUGGCCAAUUUGAUGUUGCCACUUUGCAUAUAACCAUAACUGACGUUAAUGAUCAUGCACCGGAAUUUCGACCGGGUUCAUGUUAUGGUCUAUCUGUGCCGGAAAAUAGUGAUUUGGCGGUAAUACACACCAUUGUUGCCAGCGAUUUAGAUGAGGGAGCCAAUGGAGAGAUUGUUUACAGUAUUAUUGGUGGCAACACUGGCAAUAAAUUUAGCCUGGAUAUGCAUACCGGUGAACUGACAGCUCGUCCAUUAGAUCGUGAACAACAAUCUCGUUAUAUUCUACAAAUCCAAGCCACUGAUCGCGGUUCACCAAUCAGCUAUCAGGGCCACUGUAACAUCACCAUUUUGGUGGAGGAUCAAAACGAUAAUGAUCCUCACUUUGAACAGGCGAAAUAUGUGACAAGUGUGGCGGAGAAUGUGCCAGUGGGUACAAGUGUUUUGCGCAUUAAGGCCAGCGAUGAUGAUUUGGGUAUUAAUGCCCGACUGUUGUAUACCUUGGCGAAUGAGACCCAAUGGCAGUUUGCCAUUGAUAAUAAAAGUGGUGUUAUCACCACUGUGGGCCCCCUGGACCGUGAGCGACAACAUGUCUACAAUUUCAUGGUCGUGGCAACAGAUGGCGGUCGCUAUGAUUCCCGAUCGGCACGUGUUCCCGUUCAAAUCUCCAUCGAUGAUGUCAAUGAUAAUAAACCUGUCUUCGAACGUUAUCCCUUUCGUGCCCAAGUUCCAGCUCUGAUCCAACCAGGUCAAACACUCGUUCAAGUUAUGGCUUCCGAUAAAGAUUUGGGAUUAAAUGGUGAAGUUAUUUAUUCCCUUAAAGAACAAGAUGACCCCUCGACAAGGGGGAAAUUUCGUAUAAAUCCCAAUACGGGUGUGGUGAGUGCUACCCAAAGUUUGGCAAGUGAAUCGGGUCGCCUGCUGCAUUUGGAAGUUGUGGCCCAUGAUAAGGGUCAGCCAUCACUGCAAACGGAGGGUUUAAUUGAAUUGCUAAUUGGAGAAUUGCCGCAAGGUUCCAGUACACUGCGUUUUCAAAACGACACCUAUCGUGUUAAGUUGAAAGAGAAUUCCGAGGAGGGCAUGAAAGUGUUGCAGGUGACGGCUCUGCGAUCAGAUGGGAGGAGAGCGAAGUUAUUGUAUUCCUUCGGUACGGGUAAUGAAAAUCAGGCAUUUAGCAUUGACCCCUCGACGGGUGAGAUUAGAGUUGCCAACAGUGCCGAACUUGAUUAUGAACGUUAUGCCGGCACCAUGGAGGAACAGGUGCAAAGCAAUCAAAAAUAUUUUCAAAAUUAUCGUGGCCGUUCCCUGACCUAUGAAGAGGGCGGUGAGAAUGGUACAAGUUUUUUAUUCAUGGAAACCGAAGAUGCUGAUGGAGAUUUGUCCGCCAACUUUCGCAAUAAUCGUGCCCUGCGUCGACGUGAAAUGGAUGAUCUGCCUGUGCUGCUGGCCUCCGCCAUACAACCGCAUCAGUUGCGUCUGAUGUUGGUGGCCCAAAGUGAAUCGCACAGCGGUGCUGCACCAUUGUAUGCCUACGCCGAAUUGAUUGUGGAACUGGAGGAUGUCAACGAUAAUAGUCCGGUGUUUACACAGUCACAGUAUGCCGCCACUGUGUGGGAGGGCAACAACAAGGGUACAUUUGUGGUGCAGGUUAGCGCGUUCGAUCAGGACACCGGGCCGAAUUCACGCAUACUCUAUCACAUCGUCGAUGGCAAUCAUGAUAAUGCAUUUGUCAUUGAGCCAGCCUUUAGCGGCAUUGUUAAAACGAACAUAGUGUUGGAUCGUGAAAUUCGUGACAUGUACAAGCUAAAAGUGAUCGCCACUGAUGAGGGGGUGCCACAGAUGACAGGCACAGCAACAAUACGUGUCCAUAUUGUAGAUGUGAAUGAUAAUCAGCCGACAUUUCCACCGCACAGUGUGAUCAAUGUUGGAGAAGGCACUGAAUUAGGAUCUGUGAUUACCACCAUCUCGGCCAAUGAUGUGGACACCUAUCCAGCCUUAACCUAUCGCUUUAGCAUGGAAUUGCCGGAUCAACAGCAGCAGCACAGCCACCCCAUAUUUGCCAUAGAUCGUUACAGCGGCAAAGUUGUCCUGAAACGACACUUGGAUUAUGAACAGCAGCAGGAAUAUCAAUUGGAAAUAAUUGCCUCGGAUGCGGCCCAUGAGGCACGUUGCACACUGACAGUACGUGUGGGAGAUGAAAAUGAUAAUGCUCCGGUUUUUGAGGAGCCUGCCUAUUUUGCCAUGUUGCCAGAUUUACAGGUGUCGGCGGGAGCAGCUUCGCUAACCUCCGACAUCGAAUUGUUGCGUGUCAAUGCCACCGAUGAGGAUUCGCCGGACAGUGAUAAUGCCAAAAUUGUCUACAGCAUCGAACCGGUGGUGAAGGGUUUCAGUGUCAAUGAAAUGACGGGUGCGGUAUAUGUAAACAUAAGUCGUUUGGCAGGGCCGGAAAUGGAGGGUCUGCAGGAGGAUUUAUUUGUGAACAUUGUGGCCAUGGAUAAAGGCAAGCCGCCGUUGAAAUCUUCCACCACUCUCAGGGUUCAAGUCCAGGGCCAUAAUUCUGCCCGCGCUCAAUUCCUGCAAAGUCACUACCGGGCUCACAUCAAUGAACAGGCACCCUUGGGCACUGUAGUGCUCAAACUCAGUCAGGAUAUUCUCGAUGCCAACACCGAUUUAAGUGAUUCGAAUUUAAUGUUCACCAUUGUUUCUGGGAACGAAGAGGGUAAGUUCCGAGUCUUUCAAUCCCAGGCCAUAAUUUUGGUGAAACCCCUGGAUCGUGAACAAAUGGAUUUAUAUAAAUUACGCCUUGUCAUAAGUGAUCCCUCGGCAUCACCUCAACAAUUGGCCUCGCAGGCAGCGGAAAAUUCUACUUCGGCCAUAAAUGUCUUCGUAUCGAUUGACGAUUACAAUGACAAUCCACCACAAUUUGUGAAUACCAGUCGCUAUGAGGCGGAGGUCAGUGAAUUGGCCCCGCUGCGUUAUUCUAUUGCCCAGCUGCAGGCCAUCGACAUGGAUGCCGACAACACACCCAAUUCGGAGGUGGUCUAUGAAAUAAUGUCGGGAAAUGAUGAGGGUAUGUUUACCAUCGACUUGGUUACGGGAGUCCUAUUCGUAAACAACAAAUUGGAUUAUGAUACGGGGUCCAUGUGCUAUGAAUUAAUAAUACGGGCCUGUGAUAGUGCCCUGACCCAGCCUCUGUGCUCUCUGAGAGCCUUUCGUCUCACCCUCAAAGAUGAAAAUGACAAUACACCCAUGUUCCCGGUUACGGAAUUUAUUGAAUUUGUGGCGGAAAAUGAACCGGUGGGUACGAGUGUAUUUCGCGCCCAUGCCACCGAUUUGGAUCGAGGUAGUUAUGGCCUGCUCAACUAUACCAUUGAACAUGAGGCAGUGGGUUCCGACGAUGUGGCCUGGAAACUAUUUCGUGUGGAUUCGGAAACCGGGGUAAUUACCACCAACUCUGUAUUUGAUUUUGAACAACGUAGCCGUUUCGAUUUUAUACUCAAGGCCAUGGAUACGGGUGGUAAAUCUUCGAAAGUCAAAGUUCGCAUUCAAAUUGAUUCGCGUGAUGAAUAUGCUCCCCAGUUCACCGAACGCACCUAUCGUUUUGUAAUGCCCUCACCCUCAAGUGGUUAUCUUCCAUUGGGUUAUGUUGUGGGUCAAGUUUCGGCCACAGAUCGUGACAAGGGUCCAGAUGGACGAGUGGUAUAUCAACUUAGCUCCCAGCAUGCCUAUUUCAAGGUGAAUCGUACAACAGGAGCUGUGGUGCUCAAAAAGAAAUUAGAUGACAACUUUGAUGAUGGUCGGGAUAUAAGUUUGGUGAUCUCUGCAAGUUCAGGACGUCAGGGUUCGUUGACCAAUAUGACCGUGGUGGAAAUCUCUUUGGAUCCAUUGGCUGAUAUUAACACCAAUUUGGCCAGUAGUGCAGGGGGAAUUUCGGGUUCUGGUGGUGGGAUUGCCGAUUGGGUCAUAGGUCUGAUUAUUGCUCUGAUGCUCGUUAUUUGUGCUGCGGCGGGUAUUUUCCUAUUCAUACGCAUGCGCAGUCGUAAACCAAGGAAUGUUGUGAAACCGCAUUUGAAUACCGAACCUGUGGGGAACUCCAAUAGUUAUGUGGACCCUAGUGCCUUUGAUACCAUACCCAUAAGGGCCUCAGGUUUGAAUUCCAUCAAUAACAGUAACAACAACCCCAGCACAUCGGGAGCCAUGGCCUCGGCACAAUUUGCCCCGCCCAAAUAUGAUGAAAUCCCUCCCUAUGGAAAUCAUGCGGGGAGUUCUAACUCCGGGGCAGCAACAACCUCCGAACUCUCAGGAUCCGAGCAGUCAGGUUCAAGUGGACGUGGAUCUGCCGAGGAUGAUGGUGAGGAUGAAGAAAUACGUAUGAUCAACGAGGGAAAUCUACGAGCAGGUGCAGCAGGAGAAGAUGGCCGGCUGUCGGAUAUUUCCGUGCAAAAUACUCAAGAAUAUUUGGCGAGAUUGGGAAUUGUCGAUCGUGACAAUGAUCCCACCGGAGUGGCAUCCAGCACCAGUAUGGCAGGGUCGAAUAAAGAGGCUCACCUCCACCAUCCCCUACCCAUGGUAGAUUCCCUUCACAUGUAUGCCGAAGAUCCCAACAACGAGGCGGAUAUAACCAACCUGAUAUAUGCCAAAUUGAAUGAUGUCAACGGGGCAGCCUCAGAUCGGGCCAGUAGUAAUGACGAAGCAGCCGCAGCGGCCAAUAUGACACCCAAUGUCAAUCAUGUUAUGGCUUAUAGUAAUCAUCCCGGAGUUAAUGCGGCCAAUGUAGGACCCUCAAUGACCGGCUCCCUGAGUUCCAUUGUACACAGUGAAGAAGAGCUGAAGGGCAGUUACAAUUGGGAUUACUUGCUCGACUGGGGACCCCAGUACCAGCCCCUGGCUCAUGUCUUUUCCGAAAUUGCCCGCCUCAAAGAUGAUAAUGUCUCGGUGAAUAGUGGACAAAGUGGCGGCUCGUCCAGCAAUAAAAGUAAACAAAGUCUGGCGCAUUCUAUAGCGAGUGUGGUAAAGACGCGGAUACCACCACCAAUGCUAACAAAUGUUGCACCGCGUGCCAUUAACCUGCAGGUUCUAUCCGGUUCGGGAGUUAAUAUGCGUAUACCUCAGGGUAAUAAUCCACAUCAUAUGACGGGGACAGCGACCACACACUUGGGUUCCACGCCGCAGUAUAUGCUGCCACGUUCACCCAUCAAUCAUGAAACGGCAGGUGGUUUCUCCACAUCGACCGCGAUGUCACCAUCAUUUUCACCCUCAUUAUCACCGCUGGCGACACGUUCACCAUCCAUAUCACCGCUGGGCGGACAUCAUAUGGUCAAUAUGCCGGCGAGGCAUCAGCCACAACCGCAGCAGAGAAAUAAAAAUAUGGUUGAACAGAUACGAAUGUAG